AUGUCUGACCAGGAGGCAAAACCUUCAACUGAGGACUUGGGGGAUAAGAAGGAAGGAGAGAACACUAAACUCAAAGUCAUCAGACAGGAUAGCAGUGAGAUUCACUUCAAAGUGAAAAUGAUGACGCAUCACAGGAAACUCAAAGAAUCAUACUGUCAAAGACAGGGAGUUCCCAUGAAUUCACUCAGGUUUCUCUUUGAAGGUCAGAGAAUUGCUGAUAAUCACACUCCAAAAGAACUGGGAAUGGAGGAAGAAGAUGUGAAUGAAGUUUAUCAGGAACAAACGGGGGCAUUCAAUGGUUUAGGUAUUUUUAUUUUUUAUUCUUCUCCCUUAAUCCUUUUUUAUUUUUAAAAAUAGUUCUUUUGUAAUGUAGUGUUCAAAACAGAAUUGAAAACUGGCACCCCAUCUCUUUAAAACAUCUGGUAAUUUGAAUUCUAGUGCCCAUUAUUCGUUAUUGUUUGUUUUCACUGUGCUGAUUUUUGGUGAUCAAACCUCAGCCCCCUUCAUAUUGCCCUCUCCUUUUAAAAAAUUACAUGUGUGCACAGAGAGGCCGCCUUUUCCAGGACUGUGCAUUUGCACGCUUGUGAUAAAUAACAGUGACUAAUGCGAGUGUUCAUAAUGACUUUGCAAUUGGCCCUGAAGUUCUAGCAUGUGAUCACUUCACUCCUGGACCGUGACUUUCAGUGGGAGAUGGAAGUUUUUCAGAGAACUGAACUGUGGAAAAAUGCCCUUUCCUUAGCUUAAAGCUACUUUUAAAGUCUGAGGGUCUGGACCAGAAGAACAGGAAUAUCAGGUUGGAGUCAAGAUGACAGAGGUGGUGAGAAUAAUGACUAACUCCAAAGAUGGCGUCACUGCAGAGAAAGCAUUUUAAGACGAAAGAAAAACCUUGUUUGAAGAUCUCAGACACGUUCUA